UACAGCACGUCGCCGUACGUACCUGGUGGAUUUCAGCCGGAAUUCGAACUGACAAAUGGUGAUGCGCACGGCAAUGAGAAACCGGCCACUUCAGCUGGUCGACCGCUAACCAAGCAGGAAAGUAAUGACGGUCGAAAGAAGCUGCUGAACGGUAUGUGGCGGGUCCAUCGCAUAAUGACCGAGGAGGAGCGUGCACAGGGUAAACAAACACGCUGGACUGAACUGGAGAUCCGGGUCACUCGCCUGGAUGAUCUUUUCGGCCAGUUGCAGCGUGUUCUUUAUGCUCGUUACGAAAUUCCCAGAGUUGCCAAUGCUGAUGUUCGAUUUUACUUAUGUUUGUUACGAGGGCUACGGGAACCACUGUUAAUAAUUGGUGAUAAUUUCGAUUGA